AUGUUGAACAGUGAUGAUGAUGAAAGCUCUUCUUCUUCUAACCCAUCCCCCCUUACCGCACCUGAUGCUCAAUUAUCAUGUUCAAGGAGGCUUACACCAUCUAAUGUUAUUGACUUUAUAUAUGGUAAUCAGCCAAUACAGAAAAUAGGGAAGACUUUGGAUUUCACCAAUGAGGGAACAUUAAGGAACACUCUUACCUCAAUGGAUAAGGAUACUACCUUACAUAUGCUAUUUAAUGAUUGUUUAGGAGAUACUAAGAAUCACUGUGGUCAUCGGGAGAAUCACAACAACAAAAAGAAGAAUAAGAAGAGCCCAUCACAAUGUAUUAAUGAUAUGAUAUUAUCAACACCUAGCUCCACUAGUACUAUGAGAGGGCAGUUAAGACAUGAAGUAUCGGACAAAUCAGUAGUAACCACUAGUAAUGACACUGGAAAAGUGUUGGAUUUGAGCUCACCAUCGUCGGAUAUUAUCCGUAAAUCAAUUGAUAAGCUGGAUAAGACCCUCCCUAUACGUCUACUAUUCGGUUCAUGUGAUGAGGAACGAGCACUCCCUGAUCUCCGCCCUGAUAAGGAUUAUAUCGCUUUAGUAUACAUCAACAAUCGUGCCGUAUCAGGAUACAGUAUCAUCAUCCUUCCCAACAGUAUCCUUUAA